GUGGCAUGCGGAGGACAGCACUCUGCGCUCAUCACCAAGGACGGCGAGCUGGUGACCUGGGGGAACUCUGACAGAGGACAGUGCGGGCACGAUACCUUCCGCUCCUCCCAGGUCCCGCGGCUGAUCCGAUCGCUCAGAGAGCAUUACGUGAUGCAGGUAGCGUGCGGAGAGUCGCAUACCCUCAUCCUUACCAGCACAUCCCAAGUCCUCUCGUGCGGGCUGGCGGCCUACGGGGCCCUCGGGCACGGGGACGGGGAGGACUGCUGCACUCCCCGAGUGAUCGGCGCGCUAUGGUCGCUUCCUGUCGUGCAGAUCGCAGCUGGGGAGAAUCAUAGUGCUGCUGUAGUGAGCACAGGAGAAGCGCACAUGUGGGGGCUGAACAAGCACGGGCAGCUCGGGCUGAGAGCGGAGGGAGGAAGAGGGGAGAUAUCCAUGGCGGAGAUCAACCAGGCGAUGCUGUCGACUCUCAACGUGAAGCUAGUGGCGUGCGGGGGGAACCACUCCGUCUUCCUCUGCAGCGACCUCAAGGUUUACAGCUGCGGCAUGGGGAGCAAGGGCCAGCUCGGACACGGGAGCAGGAGGGACGAACAUCGUCCAAGGAGGGUAGAAAGGCUGGAGGAGCAGGAGAUAUCAGAAGUCUCCUGCGGCUACGAGCACACGCUCUUCCGUGACUCGAGCGGCGUCCUGUUUGUGUGCGGGUCCAACGAGUACGGGCAGCUGUUCUUGGGGAGCGACCACCAGGAGGCGCUGACGCCCGUUGAGAUCUCGGCU